UCUCUUUUGGAACGUAGACUUCUUCCUAUGUCACAUUCCGCGACACGUUGCUGCGCUUUCUGUUGUAAAAAACUACGAUUAUCGGCUCUACCUUAAAUUUUGCUUGAUUACAGUUUGAAAGCAGUGUUUUAUUUCAACAAUGCAUCAAAUACCACAGCUACCUCGACUCCCCGGAUUUAACUUUGAUCAUAAUAUCGGCCGCACGAGGUUCCACAGGUCCCAGCUGUUCGACAGGAUCCACGGGGACGUGUAUUACCUGGCGGAGAAGCCCAAGUCCUCGAAGCACAGCCGCUAUCCGGCGAUUUACGCCUGGGGCGAGGAGCCGCCGAGCCCGCCUUGGCUUGCUCUCGACGGUCAGAGGCUUAUGUUCAAAGCCUAUUUUCAAGAAAGCGUCCAUGAAAGACGAGAACCUUACAGAAUCCGCCUUGUCGACAUCAGCUUUUUUCUCGAAGACGGCACGAUGAAGAUCUCCGAACCGGCCGUCGACAAUAGCGGACUUGAACAGGGAGUGUUGGUCCGGCGUCAGAGGAUCCCAUUACCCGACCCUGUCAAGUACAGAUAUUUCGACAUACUCGAUCUCAACAUCGGAAAAGAGCCGCAGAUUUACGGCCGCGUUUACAAAAUCAUCGACUGCGAUAAAUUCACAAGGAGAUUUUUGAACCGCAUGGGAAUACCCGUUCCCGAUCCUCUUCCGGCGCCCGCUGAUCCUACUUACGAACGACAAAAAAGUGCUACUGUAUCGGAAAAAUCGCACCAGAAAAAGCCCGAUAGCCUAGGAAAUUUCUUGAAAUUCGACAGAAAAGUCCUGAGGUUUUUCGGAUACUGGGACGACAGCGACAGUCCAUACGGCUACGUACACGACCUGGAGAUUUUGUACUACUUGGCUGACGACACGAUAGAGAUACUGGAAAAUUUGCCGACCAAUUGCGGACCGUCGAGCAAAUCGACUCUCGUCAAAAGGUUGAAAAUUCCAAAGUUUUUCACGAGUUUAGAACCGGUAGGAAGCAGCGACCCACUGACUAUUUUGAACGUGCUCGGCGAGAGCACGACUAGAAGCUACUACAUCGCCGACAACUCGUACUGUAAGAAGUCGUCUGCCGAUUAUUACAAGGAGUGCGACCUCACGAUCGGCGCACAGAUUAACAUUUUUGGCCGCAAGGUUGUCAUAACGGAUCUUGACAACUUUACCAAGGAGUAUUACAGAAACAAAUACGGUUUGGACGACUUUACUCCUCUGGAUCAGCCCGGCAAACGAAGAGAGCAAUCGAAGAAUCCUGUUAAGUAUGUCCCGCCUUACAAUGGCUUCGGAAGUUACGAGGAUUCGCUCGUGAACUGCUUCUCGAUGGUGCCUAAGCGCCCGAAAGUUAUCACCGAUAAAUUCUAUCAAUACGACAAUCAGGAGAACGAUAAUCGCAUACUCAGAUUCGGGUGCAAAAUGAUAUCCGACAUUCCCGACAAUACAGACAGAUGCUUCGUUAUUAGCGUUUACUUGCUGGAUAACACUGUGGCGGUCUUCGAAGUCGGGGCUAAAAAAGCUGGACACACGAAGAGUCUGUUUCAAAAGAGAACACGACUUCGCCUACCCGGGCAGAACAUGUUUAGCAGCGAAGAGCCAAAGUACUACGAACCUCAGGAUUUCUUCGUCGGCACCACCGUCAAUCUGCAAGGCUUCCGAUUUCAGAUAGAAACUGCAGACGAGCGCACGUUCAACUACAUGGAACAGCAUUGCAACGAGUUCCCGAAAGCCAAUGUGAAAUUCAUCAUGGACAAAGUUCGAGACCAUCUGAAAUCGGUAUACCGAGAAUUCAUCGGCGAAUACUCACCGCUUAAGAACGACGAUCAUCCCCCGGUAUUGAGGCUUUCUUGUUUGAGAGAAGCAUUAUACAAUUACCUCGGCGACCAUAUUACGGAGCACGAAGUAAUGACGGUGGCUCGUCACUACUCCUUCCGUGAACAUAAGGAAGUUUGUCCUCGCGAGUACGUAAGAGCUUUGGUGCAUACGGAGCUGACUCGUCACGUUUGGAAUGAACUGGACAGGCUCGAGGAAGACAUUCGCGAGUGGGACAGAGAAAGGAUUGGAUACUUGAAUCGCAAUCAACUUUAUACUAUAUUGCGCGCUAGCAGAAUCCCUCUUCAAAAAGAACUGAUCAACCUGAUGCUUGAUCGUCUUCACAAAAACGAGCAAGGAAAACUCGAUUAUCAGGAUCUGUUGAAGUUUGUCAACAUAGCGGUGGAUCCACUCCCUCCAAUGCCGCCGAUAAAUGUGAAAGAACUCUACUGGACAACUGAAGAGACGCCCAAAAGCUGCAGAGACAUCGACUGGUGUUUGUUCUUAAAAGACCUUGGCUUGGAACAACAAUUGAAGGAAUUAGGUUCUCCGACAAAUGAUAAGUAAAUGCCAUUUUUAUAUUAAUUGAAUGGUAAUUUUUUAUAAUCUUUAGAUAACCUUUUUACGAUAAACUUAUCGUGCAAUAUACGUACCUUGAAAAAUA